GGCCGCUGCUCCGAGCUUCGCGCUGUGCUGAGGACGCUGCUGCCCCGGGCGCGGCCCGCUGGCCCGCCCGCUCCGCCGACCAAGGAGCUGACGGUCCAAGAUGUUUACAAUGGAACUGUGACCUUUCUACCUCUGGAGGAAAACAGUGAAGGAAAAUACCAGAUUAAAAAGUGCAAUAUUUAUCAAAUUCAGCUUACACACAUAAAAGAUGAGGAAUGGUCUGUGUCUAUUGUUGCUCCAUUUCCAGAAGGUUGGUUUUCAGAUGGCAUUGCAUAUCCCAAACUAGCAUGGCUUGGAGAUGAACUUUUGUCCAAACUGGCUAAAUGGUCUGUGGAACAAAAGCCCAGCAAUUUUAAAAGUACACUGUCGCUUAUUUCUGUAGCAAAAUACAGCAAGGUUUAUCAAGACCUUAAAGAAAAAUACAGAGAGAUGGUAAAGGUGUGGCCUGAAGUGACAGAUCCUGAGAAAUUUGUUUAUGAAGAUGUUGCCAUUGCCACUUAUUUGCUGAUUCUUUGGGAAGAAGAGAGAAAGGAAAAAGGGUUGACCAAGAAACAGUCAUUUAUAGAUCUUGGAUGUGGAAAUGGUCUACUGGUUCAUAUUCUAAAUAAUGAAGGGCAUUCAGGUAGAGGAAUUGAUGUGAGGAGAAGAAAAAUAUGGGACAUAUAUGGACCAGAAACUCAUUUAGAGGAAUCUACAAUCAUGCCAGAUGACAGUCAUCUCUUUCCAAACACAGACUGGCUCAUAGGAAACCAUUCAGAUGAAUUAACACCAUGGAUUCCUGUAAUUGCAGCUAGGUCUUCCUAUUCAUGCUGCUACUUUGUGCUGCCAUGUUGCUUCUUUGAUUUCCAUGGGAAAUACAGCCGAAGGCAAAGCAAGAAAACUCAGUACAGAGAAUAUCUUGAUUUUGUUGCCCAAGUGGGAUCUGUAUGCGGCUUUAAUGUGGAAGAGGAUUGCCUUAGAAUUCCAUCAACAAAAAGGGUGUGCCUUAUUGGAAAAAACAGGACCUAUCUACAUACAGAACAUGCUGUGAUUGACAAGCAGAUAACAGAGUAUAUUAAUAAUCGUCAGAGCUGUGCUGUGGUCACAUGUGACAGAAGACUUGAAUUUAAUCAUAAGGAUUACUUGGAAGGAGUGUGCAAAGGUGGCGGCUCAGAACUUCCUGAAAAUGAGACUGUGGCUGCUGAUACAAUUUGGAUGCCUGGAUUUCAACCCAGAGGAAAAGUAGAACGAAUCAAAAAUUGUGCUUCCCUCCCUCGGGAUUUUGUAGAUGAUGUGGUUCUCAGUGUGGCAAACUUGCUCUUAAAUGCAACCCCUCAGAAAUCAUAUUCUGAUAAACAUCAUGGAAAUAUGAAUACCUGGAAUCACGGAGAAAGCCUUUCCUUGAAAGAAGUAGCAGAACACUUAAAUAAAGAGACUUUAAAAAGGCUAAAGAGUGAAUUUGGAGGCCUGCAGACACUACUCAAGAACAAUCAUCAAGUAUUUGAAGUUCUAAAUGGGAGAGUUCAUAUUCGUGACUGGAGAAAAGAGAAGCCAUCAAGGAAAACUAAGCCUGAGGUGAAACGCUGCCUUUCAGCUGAAGCAUUUAAAACACGACUAUGUUGGUUUUUCAUUCAUCAUCCUGAUGGUUGUUCUUUGCCUUCUGAGUCUUGCCCAUAUGCUCACGGGACUGAGGAGCUAAGGCAGUCUCAGAUUAUUAAAAAGAAAAAACAUCUACAGUAAUAAAAUGCUGCUACUUAUGUUUAAGCUUGUGUACAUAACUGAAUCUGUGAUUGACUUUGGGACCGUGUAGUGCUUGUAGAUCUAUACAAUAUGCAGGGUUUUUCCCCAUUCCUAUGCAUCUUAUUUUCCAGUGGGUUUACAAGUUCUAUAUUUUUAAUUCUUUAAUUUUUUAUUAACAUGGAAAAGCUAUAAUGAAG